CUUACCCAUAGUACAUACUUCUACGUUAUACUUACAUUACGAUUCGUGGUGAAAAUUUUUGUUUUUCUCUGAUCCGUGGAAGUCUAUUAACAACUCCGGCACACGUUAUAGCUGCAAUCACUUGGUAUCUGCUGUGACACUAUUCACGCUAAAUAUGACCGAAUGUUAUCUUUGCGAUAAGGACUUGUUCUCGACGGAGCAUUGAGACCUAAUCUAUCUACGUUCGAGCGUCAGUCUGGUUCCAAACCUGCCACUGAACAGAAUACCAUGCCGAAGCCGAAGAAAAUUCCCAAAACAGUGUAUUUCAAUAUCGACCAUGAUACAAAUAACAUUCACCACGUUAGUGCAUGGUACGGUAUUGUCGUUGUGGCUCUCGUGUUGGCCGCUGGAUCAGUGACGAACUAUUUCCUAACUAAUCUACCGGAGGCUUUGACUGUGGCCGACUUGGAGCGAUACCCUGUGGCAUUUAUUGCUGAGCGUGCGUGGGACAAUCUGAAGAGUUUCACCGAUCUGGGUCCAAGGGUCGCUGGAUCUAAGGCAAAUGAUGAGUUGGCAGUUGGAAUUUUCAAACGUGAGAUUGAAACAAUACAGGCGACCAAACACGUUAAUCAAGAAGUGAUCAUGGAGAACCAGGUCGUCACAGGAGCGUUCAACUUUACAUUUUAUGGAUCAUCAAUGACGACUAUAUAUCGCAAUGUUCAGAACAUUGUAGUGAAAUUGAAAGGUAAAAGUGACGAUGCUUUACUGCUAAAUUGCCAUUUCGAUACGGUGCCGAGCAGUCCUGGAGCAAGUGAUGACGUAGCAAGUUGUGCAGUUAUGCUGGAAAUUUUGAGAGUUAUGUCUAGGCUACCGGAUGAAAAUAGACAUUCGAUCAUAUUUCUGUUCAACGGAGCAGAGGAGACAUUGCUUCAAGCAUCUCAUGGUUUCAUCACUCAGCAUAAAUGGGCAAAAGAUGUGAAAGCCUUCCUGAAUUUGGAGUCUGCAGGAUCCGGAGGAAAAGAAGUACUGUUCCAAACCGGACCAAACAGUCCGUGGAUGAUAGAUGCCUACGCUAAGUCUGUUAGACAUCCGUUCGCGCAAGCAAUGGCUGAAGAGCUGUUCCACACCAAACUUAUUCCGUCUGAUACGGAUUUCAGGAUUUUCCGCGACUAUGGCAACAUACCUGGAAUGGACUUGGCUCAUUUCUUGCAUGGAUAUCGUUAUCACACUAAGUACGAUUCAUUGGACUACCUAUCGUUGCCCGUUUUACAGCGCACUGGAGAUAACGUGCUGGCUUUAACUCGUGAAAUGGCUAAUUCUGAACACUUAUCAGCAAACAACGCUGAACCGGGGUCAAAUACCGUGUUCUUUGAUUUUCUAGGAUUGUUUUUCGUAAAAUAUUCUAUGCGGGUGGCAACGCUAAUCAAUGCAACGGUAGCCCUACUAGCCGUGCUGAUACCAUAUCUAGGUUUAUCGGCAGCUGCAGGUAAUCAGGCAAAUAAGGCAAUUAGGACCGAAGCGUUGUACGGAUUUUCGAGUGUUUUGCUGGGAGCGUUACUCAGCGUAACGACCUGCGCCGCUAUCGCCCGGCAGUUGGAAGCGUUAGAUAGAGUGAUGACAUGGUACAGCAACACUUGGUUGAUACUAGGAAUCUACUGUGCACCUGCAUUGGCAAGCCACUGUUUGAUGCAAAUGUUUUUCAAUGCAUUCUUCAAAAAUAAAAAGAGCACAUUGUCCACGGGGAUGAUUACUCAGGCCAGGCUAAUCGGAGUCAACCUCUUUUGGAGUAUGAUAAGCCUGUGCUUCACCUUUGCUGGGCUCCGCAGCGCUUACAUCUUCAUGGUGCUUCAGAUGUGUUCGCUAGCGUCGACGAUCCCAACGGUUGUCGGUGGACUUCAACGAACGGUCCGGAAGUGGAUCUUCCUGCAUCUGUCGGUUCAGUUCAUUGCCAUCGUGUGCAGCUCGUUUUACUACAUAAUUUUCGUGAACCUAUUCGUUCCGAUUACGGGACGAUCGGGGACCGUAGUCAAUCCUGACACGAUCAUUGGAAUCGUUGCUGCCAUAGGGGUUCUACUGAGCUGCAGCUAUCUGUUGCCGCUGUUGAGGCUCGUGAAACAACCUUUGAAAAUAACAGCUAGCUUUUCAGCUGUGUCGCUGGUAGCGUUAUUGCUAGCAUGCUGCACCCCAAUUGGAUUCCCGUAUCGAGAUGCGUCUAAUGCAAAUCCCACGACUCAACGACAUCUUGUUACGCAUACAUUCCGUCUAUUCCAUGACGAACUUGGACUACUGAGGCACAUGGACCAAGGAUUCCUAUUUGAAGUUCAAGAUCAGAACGGCGGACGAACCUUGCAGGAGUACAUUGUUUCUGAUGACAGUUUCGUGCCGGUGGAAAAGAUGGACACCUGUACCAAUGAAUUUUUCUGUGGAAUCCCAUUUGAUGCCAUGUGGCGACAAGCUCACUUCAAGCACUUUUGGCAACCUGCUCAAGGACCGCCAGAAACGCACAAUAUGUUCACGCUAGCGUACGAAGAAACCAACCAACUCAGCGAACAGCUGCGGAGGAUUCGAUUCAAGGCCGAAGGUAGCCUGCAGUCAGCAAUUUUCAUUGGAACUAAACCCGGAGUGGAAUUGGUUGCAUGGAGCCUGCAUGAGUUCAUUCCUCCGCCGGUAACAUUCAAUGGUCAGGAAGGAUAUUUCGCCUACAUAACACACGGUGUGCCGAGUGGGCCGUGGAACAUCACGAUGGAUUUUGCGACAAGCGCAAACCACGAGGGAUUUUUAGCUGAAAUGGGAGUAGUGACGAAGUACUGGGAGUAUCACGAGAUGUAUACCGAAGAAUUCAAGCAGCUAUUGCAAAAGUUUCCAUCAUGGGCGCACGUUGUUCCGUCCGUAGCAGUUGUCAAUAUGCUAACACUGUAAAAAAAUGUUCAAAUGUUGUAAAUAAAAAGUUGUCUUGCAGGAAAAUAAAAUAACCAAGAAGUUUAUGGAAAAAAAUGUGACAGUUUUUGCAACCUUCAGACAAGCUAUCCUGGAGUUCAGUAGCCAGCUACUACAUUGAGUAAUGUUGCAUAACCAAUCAUGUUCGUUCACUGAACCUUUUUGCAGACCAAUAGAGACGUGUAUUAAUUGUUGGGACAUUAUAGGUCGUCCAAAUUAGCUUGGAAUGCAGUUCUUGGAAUUUAGAGCAAUUACAGUAGCUGUUUUCGUU